AUGGAUCCUUCUGCUUGUCGGGUAAUCUACAUUGACGAGAGAUUCAACACAGAAAGGUGGAUCUCGAGGGAGGGGCUGUCUCCUACCACGCCCGCAAGAGCAGGUUCACAAGUCGAAUUCUCGGACCUCCCACCAGACUUACAAACCAAUGUCAAUGCGUUUUUGACCGUCUUUAAUCAAGUGUAUGUGUGUAGCUCAGGAAGAGCCUUCUCCACGAAGCUGUCAGAACUUCAUGACCAAGUCAAGCUCGACUGCACGCCUAUACUUGCCUGUAUCGAUGUCGGUUCAGAAUCAAAACAUGGCCACCUGAGGUCUCGUCCCAAAUUCUUUCCCUCCUCUGAUUCCCCUUUGCCAUCGCCCAGCUUGCUCAGGAAAGAAAUCACCUUCUCCUCGGAAUCCGACGAGUCGUACGGUCUUCAACUCCUGUCCAGAAUAGCCUCAGAUCUGCAGGUAGAGGAAGGCGUUAAGCUGAUCAUUCCCGUGGCGAUUGUCCAGCCCAAACGAAACGAUUCCUACGACCAGGCUGUCGAUACCGUCCGCCAACCCGAAGUGUCUAGGGCGCCCUAUGGCCCCGAGGCCGAGCCCGUCGCCAUCGAGGAUACAUCAGACGUCAUCGACACUCAAUUGAUGCUCCAAUGUCUCGACGCCGGUGCCUUGGACGUGGUGAAGAGUCCACUGGACAAAGCGGGGAUCAUGGGCUUGACAGUUCAUGCAUAUCGGAUAUACAAGAAUGCGAAGAAGGAACAAGCAGGCUUCAUGGCCAUGGCACGACGGAACCGCAAGCAGUCAUGGGUCGGCAUGGAAGACGAGAAGCCAUACGCCUACCUCCGAGAGGCUAUGGUGAAGAAGCUACUAAAGGGAAUCUGUGAACCGCAAAACAUCAUCGAGGACUAUCAGCACCGUGAUUUGUUUGUUCAGGAUUCUCGGAAGCCAGUCGUCGCGGCCGCUGUCGGCAGAUGGGACUUUUCAGGACACGAUUUUACCGAAGACGAGCUGGUGUACGCCGGUUACUACAUGCUCAACCACUGCCUCGAGAUGGAAGCGUGUGAGCAGUGGAGCAUGAGCCAACGCGACCUGCUUCAUUUCAUGCAGGGUUGUCGUGUCGCCUACAACUCUUUCGUCCUCUACCAUAACUUCAGGCAUGCCGUCGAUGUUCUGCAGUCUGUGUUCUACUUCCUGAUCCAGAUUGGCACUCUUCCACCCUACCCUGCCGGUGCCGAACCAUCUCCGUUCGCAGACUCGAAGUCACCAAUCGCUCGUUUGCUAGGACCCUUUGAGGCAUUGACACUUCUGGUCUCGGCAAUCGGACACGACGUUGGCCAUCCUGGAGUUAACAACAUGUUCCUGGUUAAACUCAAUGCCCCUCUUGCACAGCUGUACAACGACCAGUCGGUCUUGGAAGCCUUCCACUGUGCCGCCUACUCGCAGAUUCUCCGCCGCCACUGGCCGGUCGCAUUCCAGGACAAAGCCCUUCGGAAGCUGAUGAUCAGUACCAUCCUCGCUACUGACAUGGGGGUCCACUCCGAUUACAUGCAACAACUGGGCAACCUGCAGGAGAAGAUCCAUGAAAGCCAGGCGACCGAUGGAUGGUCGCCAAAGGACGUUGAUUGGGCACGAACUUUGGCCUGUGGAUUGCUAAUUAAAUGCGCUGACAUCAGCAAUGUGGCACGGCCGUGGGUGGUAGCUGAGAAAUGGACCCAUUUACUGCAAAAGGAGUUUGCUCAUCAAGGCGAGAUGGAGCAAGCGGUCGGACUGGAGACAACGCUCUUUGGCGGUCCUCCCGAGUUGGGCAACAUGCUGAAGCUGGCCAACGGUCAGAUCGGCUUCAUGACCAUCUUCGCCCAUCCAUUAUUUGCCAACGUGGCUGACAUAAUCCCUCCUAUGCGUUUCGCAGCCGACGAGAUACUCACAAACAAGGGGGUGUGGUUCACUCGAGCGGAGCACGAGAAGAAGGUUCAGCUUGUCAAAAAGGGCACAGGACGCGGCGAUGGUGGCUCGAUAAGUCCGAGAACACAAAGUCCUACCGGCCGUGCGUCAGAAUCCGUGAGGGAGAGGCACCUCCCAACAUCUCCCUUGCGAGGCCGAGGCGAGUCGCCAGAGAAAUCGUUUCCAGAUCCUGGACGGGGUCGGAAAGGUGCCAAUUCUGCAGCGCACAAUGCUUCACGGCCAUCAUCACUAGCGGCCGCUGCAGCUAUUGUGAUUCCGGGAGUUGACUCACCGCAUCUUCGUGGGGCAGGGUCGGGAUCCAGCCAGGAUCUGAAAGCUUCGGACCGGGUGCGAUCAGGUUCCGCACUUGUCAACGGCGAACCUAUCCCGAUUGAGCUGACUUUGGACGGCACGCCUAUUGAAGAGAACGACGGCCCCACCUCCAGCAGUACACCACGGCAGGGACUAUCAGCACGGGACAUCUCGUCUGAGUCACUGAUGGCACAAAUCGACACACGGAGGGACAACAUGGUCUCGAUGCGAGCAGGCGCGGAGGCUAUUCCACCGGAGGCCCUAGACGGGAGCAGGAUUUCAGAUGCACAGAGUAUGCAAAAGUUCAAAUUCGCGACUUCAAACGAGGAUGAGCCAGUUCGGACUUUCGAUCCGGAGAAAAAUUAUAGUCCGUCCAACCCGGGUACUCGAGCUAGCGCGCCGGCAAGCGAUACUGAACCCAAGGAGAUUCGGAGCGAUGGGCCAGUGUCGUCCGAAAGUGAGAUUGUCUCAGGCACGAAACUGAGAGGAGGCGGUGGGGAAGAGGUGCUGACACCUAGUGGCAGCGCCACAAGCUAUAUAUCAGACAAGAGUGAAGACGCAUCACGGCAUCAGAGCAGCUUUCAGGCGGUGCGCAACCGAGCAGCGAGCGCACCGCUACAUUCGGGGAGCCCAGUCCUCAGGCCCAGCUUCAGCAUGGGGAGUAACAGCACCACAAGCCGAGAAGGCAGCAAGUACGACGUUCACACGACUAUACUGAGUAAUGGGAGUCUGGAGGGCAGCAGUGCAAAGGAACGAAAAGCCAGCACGAAGACCAUGGGCAGAAGAAGGAGCAAGCUGAAGCUGGGUCUCGCCUUUUGGAAGCGAAAUCGCAGUGACAAAAGCGUGGAGGGUGGGUUGGAGAGGCCGGAUAGCCAAGGUAGUGGGGGGUGA